GGGCGUUCGAGGGUGUCACGGGAGGAGGACACAGGACCGAAGUGACAGCAGAAAUGUCUCUCACGGUGGAAAUAUGGCUGAAGAGGCCAAGCCGGAUAUACCACGAGGGUGAUAUUGUCAGUGGACUCUUAGUCCUUGACAGCAAAUCAGAGAUUCGGCACGAUGGCAUCACCCUGACAAUGGAAGGUGUAAUAAGCUUACAACUGUCCCCCAAGAGUGCAGGUUUAAUCGAGUCUAUUGUCAACUCGUCCAAGCCAAUCAGUAUCAUAAACAAUGUAGUAGAGGUGGCAAAGUCAGGCAAAAUCCCAUCUGGCCAGACAGAAAUACCCUUUGAGCUCCCCCUAAAGGUUCGAGGUUCGAAGACUCUCUAUGAGACGUACCACGGGGUGUACAUAACAAUACAGUACUUUUUGAGGUGUGAUAUUAAGAGGAGCCUGUUAGCAAAAGAUGUUACAAAGGCACAGGAGUUCAUUGUGGAGUAUAAGCAAGGUGUGGGGGAGGUAGCCCAGCCAGGCUUGAUAAACUUCGAAAUGCGGCCGGAGACACUGCCAAAUGUAAGAGACAGAGCCCGCAUUCCCAAAUUCCUUGUGCGAGGACACCUAGACUCAGAAGUGUUCUCGCUUUCCAAACCACUGACUGGAGAACUCACUGUGUGUGAGUGCGAGAGAGGAAUUAGCAGCAUUGAGCUCCAGCUGGUCCGAGUAGAGACCUGUGGAUCAGCCGAAGGAAACACAAGGGAAGCAACAGAAAUUCAAAACAUCCAGAUUGGAGAAGGUGAUGUAUGUCGAGGAAUCGCCAUACCCAUUUACAUGGUCUUUCCGAGAUUAUUCACUUGCGCAACAACUGUUGCCCCCAAUUUUAAAAUAGAAUUUGAAAUGAACAUUGUCAUUAUAUUUGACAAUGACCAUCUAGUUGUUGAAACUUUUCCCAUUAAACUUACACGUCACUGAGGCAUAAUGGAUCGUUUUUACCUGGUAUGUUGAAAAGCUUGUUUCUUGGUGCAUAUGAAAAGCCAAACACUUUGCUGAAGUAAUUUCUUAAUUUAAUGUUAUUCUGAUCUUGUUUAUCAUAGGAACACUGCUGUUAAGAAUUGAGGAGGUGCAUUCUUUUGGAAUUUGCCCUGCCUGCCUGAUUAAAUGAUAAAAACAUGUGCUGUGGUCAAGCUUAGGGGUAGGAACCAUCUCCUGUACACUAUACACAUGCAUUUUAUAUUUAAUUUUCAAGUGUUUUUACAUGUUGAUUGAGGAGUUUGAUUUAUUCCACACAUUCCACUUCAGAUUGGUUAUGUAAUGGAUAUUGAUGCAGUAAUUUGGGUUAUUAUUUUAGUGGGGUAGAAAAAAAUUAUC